GAAGAGUCAAAAAACAACAAUGGCAAAAAGCAACCAAAAACCUCAUGCAAUAGUAAUUCCAUGCCCAUUUCAAGGCCACAUAAAUCCUAGUAUUCACCUUUCACUAAAACUUGCAACAAAAGGCUUUACCAUAACAUUUAUCAACACAAAGUACACCCAUGCCCAAAUAACCAAAUCACAACAAUUAGACCAAACUCAUAACAUAUUUGCAAAAUUUCAAGAACUUGGCCUUGACAUACAUUAUCAAACAGUUUGUGAUGGUUUUCCCUUAGAAUUUGAUCGAUUUUCGGGGUUGAAUACCGAGAAGUUUUGGGAAGGAUUUUUACUAAAUUACCCUUGUCAUGUUGAUGAAAUUAUUGGGAAGUUAGUAGAAUUGGAUAGUCCUAGACCAACUUGUUUGAUUGUUGACACUUUCUAUGGUUGGGGGACAACAAUUGCUAAUAAGUAUGGACUUGUUAGUGUUUCAUUCUUCACUCAACCUGCUUUGGUGUUUACUAUAGACUAUCAUCUUGACCUUUUGCUCAAAAAUGGUCAUUUUGGCUCAAUUGAUAAUAGAAAGGAUACCAUAGAUUAUAUACCAGGAAUUUCAGCAAUUGAUCCAAGUGAUUUACCUUCAUAUUUACAAACAAAAGAGACAUCAACUAUUCUUCAUCAAAUUAUCUACAAAGGUUUUGAAGAAGCCAAGAAAUCAGACAUUAUAAUUUGUAACACAAUACAAGAACUUGAAUCCAAAGUAAUUUCAACAUUCCAAGAAAAAACAAAAAAACCCUUUUUUGCUAUUGGUCCAAUUUUUCAUGAUCAUCAAGUCAACUCAUCAAAAAAUGUCAAAAUUUCCAAAAGUUUUUGGCCAGAGUCAAAUUGUUUGGAAUGGCUAAACACUAAACCUAAAUCCUCAGUGUUAUAUUUUUCACUUGGUAGCUUGUGUAGUUUAAGCAAAGAAGAUGUUAUGGAAUUUGCUCAAGGAUUAUUGCUUAGCAAAGUGGAAUAUUUUAUUUGGGUACUUAGACCUAAUUUGGCGAUUACGGACGAAACGGAUAAUUAUUUACCAGCUGGAUUUCAAGAAAAUGUAGAUCGGGGGUUGAUCGUACCGUGGUGUGAUCAACGGGCCGUAUUGUCGCAUUCGGCAAUUGGAGGGUUUCUGACACAUUGUGGAUGGAAUUCGAUUCUGGAGAGUUUAUGGGCAAGUGUACCAAUGAUAUGUCAUCCUAUAAGUGUUGAUCAACAAACUAAUAGAAAGUUGGUGGUUGAUGAUUGGAAAGUUGGGAUUAAUCUUUGUGAUAAUUAUGAUAUUAAUAAUAAAUCAAUUAUAACAAAGGAGGAAAUAGCAAAAAAGAUUAAUUUUCUUAUGAGUGAAGAAAAUUCAAAAGAUUUGAGGAAGGUUAUAAAGGAAGUGAAAAAAACUAUGGAAAUUGCAUUAUUAGCCAAUGGAAGUUCAGAGAAAAACUUUGAUUUGUUUGUUGAGGAUGUAAUGGCCAAAACAAAAAUGGCUAUUUUUUAAAACUUAAUCUACAUUAUAUGGCUACUUUUGUAAUAAAGCCUUGAAUGUCACAAUUGUUUUUGGGAUUUCUCAUCUUUUUUACCACAUUGUUUAUAUAAUGGAAAAUGAAAA